CUGGAGGACGGCGGGAGGGGGCGGGGGCGCAGGAGGUGGGGCCGCCGUCGCCGUCAGGGCCCCUGGGAGCGCGGGGCGCCGCCGCCGCCGCUCCUCGGCUCGGUUCCGUCUCCAGGGCUGCGCCGGCAACGGUAGCCGCCUCGGCAGAGCAGCGGGAGUCGGGAGCCGCGCUCCGCCGAGAGUUGGGUAGGGGAGCGCCCGCGCCUCCGCGGCGUCAUGGGCCCCCUUCCCGGGCCUCAACGGGCACCAGCCGCGGGAACCCCCGGGCCUCCUUGCGGCCGAGCCUGAGCGACCCUCGGGUUCUCCGGCUCCCCCUCCCUCCGCCUUAUUUUUUUCCUGCUCUCGCUGCGGCUACAGCUUCAGCUUCAGCUCUCCGUUAUGGCAACGGAGCCGCCAUCCCCCCUCCGACUCGAGGCGCCCGGGCCCCCAGAAAUGCGGACCCCACCGGUGAGCGAAGCCCCCCCCGAGGGCACCCCGAAGCCGGCAGGCGGCAGGCUCUGCUUCCUCAACGGCUGCGUGCCCCUCUCGCAUCAGGUGGCCGGGCACAUGUACGGGAAGGACAAAGUGGGUAUCCUGCAACAUCCAGAUGGCACAGUUUUGAAACAGUUACAGCCACCUCCAAGGGGUCCAAGGGAGCUGGAAUUCUAUAAUAUGGUAAGUAAGGUUUAUGCUGCUGACUGUACUGAUGGAAUUCUUUUAGAGCUACGAAAAUAUUUGCCAAAAUAUUAUGGCAUUUGGUCGCCUCCCACUGCACCGAACGAUUUAUACUUAAAACUGGAAGAUGUGACCCAUAAAUUUAAUAAGCCCUGUAUAAUGGAUGUAAAGAUAGGGCGAAAGAGUUAUGAUCCUUUUGCCUCAUCUGAGAAGAUUAAGCAACAGGUCAGCAAGUACCCAUUAAUGGAAGAGAUUGGGUUCUUGGUGCUUGGCAUGAGGGUUUACCAUGUUCAUUCUGACAGCUAUGAGACACAAAACCAGCACUAUGGAAGAAGCUUAACAAAAGAAACUCUAAAGGAUGGAGUCUCCAGGUUUUUUCAUAAUGGAUUCUGCUUAAGAAAAGAUGCUGUUGCUGCCAGUAUUCAGAAGAUUGAGAAUAUUCUGCAGUGGUUUGAAAAUCAGAAGCAACUUAACUUUUAUGCAAGUUCAUUACUGUUUGUUUAUGAAGGUUCAUCUCGGCCAACUCCUACAAAAUCGAAUGACAGAACUUUGGUAGAAAAGUUUUUGUCCAAAGGGCAGCUGUCAGACACAGAUGUACUGGAGUACAAUAAUAACUUUCAUGUGUUAAAUUCCACAGAGAAUGGAAAAAUAGAUGCUUCCGUAGGCAAAAGCUUGUCCAAGAUGUAUGCUCGUCACAGAAAAAUGUGUUCAAAAAAGCAUCACAGUCAGACUUCAUUGAAAGUUGAAAAUACAGAGCAAGACAAUGGGUGGAAAAGCAUGUCACAGGAACAUUUAAAUGGAAAUGUACUCUCCCAACUGGAAAAAGUUUUUUAUCAUCUUCCCACUGGUUGCCAAGAGAUUUCAGAAGCAGAAGUGCGAAUGAUAGAUUUUGCUCAUGUGUUCCCUAGCAACACAAUAGAUGAGGGAUAUGUUUAUGGGCUGAGGCAUUUAAUUACCGUACUGCAAAGUAUUUUAGACAAUUGAAUCCUUUGCUGCAGUCUUCUUAAGGGAAGGAGCAAUCAAGAACAGCAGUCAGUAUCUCUGUACUUGUAAAGCUAUGUAAAAAAAUUUAUAUUGUGAGUCUACAUUUUGUCUUUAUACUUUUGGUAGAAGGGUUAUCUUUUUAUAAUCUUACUCAGGAAAACUAAUUAUUUGUUCAUUAGAAAACUAUGAAGAAUAAAGAAAGGAAUCUUAAGCAGGGAAUGUGGUGGUACAUGGCUUAAACAUCUGUUUGGCUGAAGCAAACUGCAAACCAUUAUUCAGCCAUUAAGAGUUAAUUUAGCUUUCUGUAGCCAAUCUGUCAUGAAAUCUCUGUCCACCCAACCUUGACAAUGAGCCAUAUCUAAACUCAUUACAUUAUUAGAACACUUUUAAAAAUCUAGAAAGCACAGGUUGAUGUCCUUAGUAUUACUAUGUGUGUAUGAAGUUACUAAAACUGGAGAAAAUUCUACUUCAGAACAGUUAAGUACUGUUCAGGUUUUAUAUUAAAAGUUCAGACCAGCAUAUCAAAAGGUGCUUCUUAGUAAAGCGAUUUAGAAUUAUUGCAUUCCAAAAGCAGAUUUUCUCUUUAAUUUCCAUUAAUAUGCAUAUUUCAAUAUAUUAUACUUCAUAAGAAAGAUAAUUGAACAACAACAACAACAAAAAUCUUGAAAUUAAGGUCACUAAUUAUUCUUGCCAGGGUUAGAAGAGAGAAGUUAUUUGCAAGGAACAAAAUGGUUUUCUUUUAAAAUCUUUCAUUUAUGUGAAAUUGGAAUCUAUAUUUACUACAUUGUGAAAAGUGCUAUAAAGUGCUAUAAUACCUUUUCCUCUUAACUGCAACUUCAAAAGGAAGAUGAUUGAAGCUUUGUCUUAUUUCUCCUUUAAAUAGCUUUUGAGAAUUUUCUCAUUUAAAAUUCAUGUAUUUAUAUGUCCCCAUUUAGUUCAGCAGUAGUAUAAAUAUAUGUUGCUAAAAAGUGUUUCUCAGAAUUCUAAUAAGUAGUGAAGGACACCAUCCAGUAUUGUGUUAUCAAAAAUACUACGUGUAAAUUAGUGCAUCUCUAUGAGUUUGGCGCAUAUCUAAAUCCAUGCUUCUAUUUCACUGUUACUCAAAACAGUUUUAUAUCCUAUUCCAGAGAGAAAUUAUGAUUUAAUUUUGUGAUAGGUGGGGGAAUGCUAUUUUUCCUGGAAAAAUUAGAUUUUUAAGUAUUAUGUGUUUCAUAUUUACCACCUUUUUAAAAAAAAUAACUAGUUAUUGAAAACAUUUAAAACUUUGAAAUUAAAUUUACAAAUAUGUUAGAUAUUUAUGAAAGCAUUACUUGCACUUUGAUUUACUAAUAACACAUCUAAGUAGUUAACAGUUUUGUCAUAUUCCUGGAAAAUGUUUUAGAUUUGUGGCCUGUUGGACUUUUCCCCCUUCUUUCCCCCCUAGAAUUACAAAUUAAAGUUUUAAAUCUAAGCAGUUUUUUUUGGUGAGGAGGAAAGUAUCACAAUUUUAUGUUUAUUCACCUUCCCAACCUCUCUAAGUGUACUUUGCAAAUAUCUGAGCACAGACAGAAGUACCAAAUGCUCUAUGAAUUCUAUGCUUAGCAAAUUAUUAAACCUGAAUUACUUUAAAAUUCAUAUACAUUUUGGGGUGCCUGGGUGGCUCAGUCAUUAUGUGUCUGCCUUCAGCUCAGGUCACAAUCCUGGGGUCCUGGGAUUGAGCCCCGCAUUGGGCUCCCUGCUCAGCGGGAAGCCUGCUUCUUCCUCUCCUCCUCCCCCUGCUUGUGUUCCUGCUCUUGCUAUAACUCUAUCUGUCAAAUAAAUCAAUAAAAUCUUUUAAAAAAAUUAACAUACAUUUUGUUAUAGCAAAAUUUGUUAUUUUAAUUUUAUUUAGAGUCAGUAUAAGUAUUUUUCACAGAGACUUCAUAUUUUUCUCUACUGCCUAAAUGGGUAUUGGCUGUAGCUUUUUUUGUGGGGAUGGAUUUCAAGUCCUAAUAGUCAAACAUUUUUUAAUUUUACUUUUUUUCUCCUACAAUAUAGACUUUUGUUGUUGUUGUUGUUAUUUGGACAGUAGUUCAAUAAGUCUUUAAGCUCAGAUAAUUAACAAUUUUGAGUCUUUUAACGAGAGGCUUUUUUGUAUGGGAUGGUAUCAGCCUAUGCACAAUGAAUUUAAUAAAUUUAAGUAUUACCGGACUUUUUGCACAUUUUAGCUCAAUAAAGUGUGAAUCAGCUUUCUAGAUUUUCUUUAUCCAUAUUUGGAAAUACAGUUUUGUAAAAAUCAGUCUUACCUUUUUGAUACAGUAGAUCAUCUUUGGUUUUGUUUUAAUAAAACAAGCGCUUUUAUCUUUUGUUUUUCAGGGAAAGGAUUAACAUUUAAUUCUGUUUGUUUACAUUUUUAUCACUGUUAUCCAAUGCCCAUUUUAUGUUACUUUAUAAGUAAGCUUACAUGUCACAGAAUAAGUAUCUGUUUAUGUAAUCUACAUGUGAAUAUUUUACUGUCUAGCCCAGUCAUUUAACAUUAUGCUGAUAUUUACCACUGCGGGGAAGAAUGAUCACUAUUCACCAAGCAUAUUUAAACAUGUACAUCUUUAAGAAAUAAGCAUAAUAAGGAUAAUAGUUUGGGUUAAUAGGAUUAUCAUAGGUGUUUUUCCCCUAGGAAACAUAAAUAAUGAUUUUAGUGUAUUUCUUAUGGAAUGCACUCAUGAAAAGGACUUUAAGAAAUUGUGGAUAGUGAGUAAUACAUUUCUCUAAUAAAAAUUUAAAUUGUAUAAUAGUUUUAUAAUAAAGUACACUAAUUGAUAUUUUAAUAUGGAUGGAAGUUGUGUAGAUGCAAAUAAAUUAAAAAUUGAUAAAUGCUAAAUAUUUUAUCUAAAUAGUUUUUCAAGAAACAGUUGUGAAAAUGUGUAUAUUAAGUGGCUCUAACAUGGAGCUAGUGGUAUUUUCAACUCAGUAUUCAUUAUUCUUUGUUUCAUGUGUCUAGAAAGUUCAUACUUAGUAUGCCUCUUUACACUACAAUUUACUAUUGUGGGGCUUUAGAUUGGGUUCAACUGAAUAAGAACUUUUUUUCUGGUUUUGAGUGUAAUUUAUUAUUUUAUGAUUUCUAAGACGAUGUUCAUAUUAUCUCUAUCAUGUCUAUUAAAUUGAUAAUAUAACUUAAAAGGAUUAAUUUUCAGAGAUAUUUCAGUUGUAAUUUUCAUAUUUCAUGCAACUGAAAACAUUUGUUUCUAGGAUUUGGAAUAUUGUAGAAAAUACAGGAUGAAAGAAAAUGGUAUGAAACAGUUUUAUUUGUGAAAUUACAGAAAUUUUGUCCACUGUUUUUAAAACAUUGUCAUCAUUUUAAUACUCUCUUAGCAGUUAGACAUUUGAUACUUUAAAACUUGAUUUGCUCUUAAAAUUGUUUACAAUGCUUUGUAAUAAUCUUCCUUAUCCAGUGCCUUUAACCUUGAUUUGAUAUGUUUAUAGCCUCAGUUAUCAUUCCACUACAUCCUAUAAUAUUUUUAUAGCCUAGACAGCAGUUUCUUUUAAAAAGACAUGUUAAUUUGAUCAUGUAAAGAGAUAGCAAUUGUCUGUCAAUGCUUUGGGAAGACAAGUAGAGUUGCCUAUAGGCCAGGCUUCUUAAUUCAUUCAAAAAUAUUUAGUGGAUGUCUACCAUGUGCCCAGCAUUUUUGGCCCCUGAAUAUACAGUUCAGACAAAGCCCUAACCAUUUUCUGCAUUCUAUCUAGAUGGGGUGGGUUUGGGGACCGAAUUAAAGGAGAGAUACAGAAAAAUAUGCAUUUAGCAAUAAUAAAGUUAACUAGCAUUUGAGUUUGUGUAAAGAUAAGGAAAUGAUUAUUGAGCUGAGAUGAAGCAACUGACAAUAUGUUAGGUUAAAAAUAAUACUUUGCAGCAUUAUAACCUCUAUUUGACUCUUGAGUUCAGGUAGUAAUUAUAGAUAGGAUAAAAAGGCCUUAAUUUUUCACUUUUCUUGCUGGUAAAGGUACGUUUAUUUUUAGGCUGUCCAUUUUAGAGUAGUGUUUUAACAGAACAUUACUGUGAAAAACAUUCCAUUACAUAUUCACAAGCAAAUUACUGCACAUUUUUAAAAUUGGGUUUUACAAUUUAGUACAAAUACUUUAGGCCUCAGUCUCAUCUUCAAACCACUGGUAUUUUAAGUUUGGCAAGGAAUAUGAAAUUUUUGACUUACGGAGUGACUAUAUUGUUACUAAAAGUGCUUGCUAAUAUUUUGGGAUGGAGUCUCCGUUUUCUUGAUGUUUUAAUUCUUGUUACUUAUGUUGAUAGUGUCAAUAAGAGGAAAUAGCAUCGUGUGAGUAAAUAGAGUAUACUUUGAAAAAUUUUAUAUUUUAAUUGUUAAACUUUGUCAUCAUUGGAUUAAAUUUUGGCCUGGGGUUCACUUAUAAUAUAUGUUAACAAGUUUAAUUAUGAAGUGAAAUAGUUUCAAGUAUGAUGUGUAAUGCACCUGCAUAUAAAUGAAAUUGGCGUGCACAAAGACACUUUACUAUAGGGAGUUGUACUGGAAGAUUUAUGAAAGCAUGUGAAAUUGCACCUAAAAUUGUAUUAGUGACUAUGCUAAAUUUAUUGUACUUGAUGAAUGAAUGUAUUUAGUGUAGUCAAAGUUACUUUGGUUUUAAAUGUCUAUACAAUGUCUUUUUUUUAAUGUGUUUGUAAUUUGUAGUAUUGAUGGGGGUAUUCUUGGACUGCAGGGGUUAUUGUCAAUGUGUGAUUUGUGUUUUUGUUUUAUAGAAUCAUCUAAUGUGAUAUACUGAUUUUUAUAAGUGAUAUUUAGAUAAUUCUAAUAACUGUAUAUUUGACAACCUAUUAAAAUGUUUUGCAUUGGA